UACUACAAUGAGUUAACUUCGAACAAAAAUCAACUGAAAUACACGAAAAGCAUACCCCGCAGUUGAACCCAAGUUCAUGUUGUGACGCCUAUGAUAUCUACCCCAUGUGCACACAUAAUACGAGUACAAGCAGCUGCUCCCUGUCUCAAAACAGCAAGACCGUUACAACUUCCAGUCAAUGAUAGACUUUGUUCUCUAUUACAUCGAAAGCUCCCACGUUUUAAGGUUAACAGUGAUAACAGUGAUAUCGCAAAAAACAAGUGGUCAAUAAUAUGCUGAAAGCGCUCAAUUAGGUGGUGUGAAAGAUUUAAACAUGGCAAGGUCAACCAACGGAAAUUACUAUACAAAUCCAGCCUUCUGUCAACAGAGUGAGUUUUACAAUUAUCAAAACGAGAUCCACAGUAGAACCCAAAUAAGUCCUAGAAAACCACCUAUUGGCGCACAAACUGCUCAUCGAGUACUUGACCACUCAGUGCAUGAUCUCAACCACAAUGAUUCCUACGAGGAACAAGACUUCUACGAAGAAAUGGUCAUCGACGAUGCCGGUAUAGUCAAAGAAAAAAAGAUUGUUGUUGUUUCUCAAACGCAGAACGAAGGAAGGAAAUAUAUACAGUCGCAACAAAACUUGGCGAAAGAGUGCGAGGUGACCUACUCAGCUUCCGAAGAAAGGGUUGCUAGGAAUCACAGGUAUGAAUACAUUCCGAUGACUGAACAUAUUACUCCGGUUAGAGAGAAGAAUUUUGAAGAAACUCAAGUAGCAGAAGCCAAUACUUCAAGAUACGCGGUUAUAGACGUUGACGUAGACACAGAAUCAACAAGUAGAGGUAGAUAUGCCCUAGUUCCUAUCGAAGAAUUACGUAGUAGUCAACCUAGUCAAAUACAACGAGCAACUGCCAGGAUGAAAUCUACUCCAAAUCUCCAUAGGUACGAAUACAUAGAUGAUAUGGCUCAUGACGAUGCAAUUGACCAAGAAUGCAGCCAUUCUAGGACUUACUCCAGGAACCGUAUCAGUCGAAACAAUUCUCCCACCAAAACCCCAAUACACAGUCCUAUACCUCGGGCAAUGUCCCCACGAGGAGCUAGAUACGAUUACAUUCAAGAACCCGCACAAGAACGUUACAUACAGAACUAUGGUAACAUGACACCCACCCAAAAACUACACGAAAUCCUAUCAACACCAAAGAGAACACCUGUUAGGCAACAAACUCCCAAAAGUAUGUCAUCGACUAGUUUCCCAAGACAACCUCAAAACAUUCCGAGAACACCUGUGAUAAAUGACCCUUUCAUAACGCCAAAGAAAAUAUCCCCGAAAAAAAAGACACCGUCAAGAAAUCCAAAAGCUCAACAAAAACUCAAUUAUUCAAUUGGCUCGAGGCAGAUGACGCCAAACAACAAGAAACAUACAGCCAUAAUUGCACCGAUUUGCUCAAGUCCUGUACAGUCCGUUUAUAGUGAAACAACUUACUCAAACAAAACUGAAUCCUGGAUGAACAUCAGCGUGGAAAAGCCGCCAGUUCAAGCAACUUUGGCUGUGGCUGCUUUGAUGAUGGUCGUGUGCGGUGGACUUUCCUCAGGGAUGUGUUUCUAUAUGAUGUCUUUGAUUGGAAAGGUGUAUUAUUUGGAGUUCGGCAUCGUGUCAGGUUUUGGCUGUUUGACACUUGGAAUACUCGGCUUCAGGACCAGACACUGUAGCUGGUUACCCAAUAGAAAUUAUAUUUCAGGUUAUAUAGUUCUGAGUGUAUUCAGUCUUCUCACCUGUGCUGCAUUAUUGAUACUUCUCUUCAUGCAACCAAGACCAGGAACACCUUUGGCCGACAUGACAUCGGGAGCAGUAUGCGCAAUUUCUGUUCUUUCUUUAUGUCUUGCGACAACCGGAGUACUUUCUAGUUAUUGCUGCUCGGUACCACCACCUGAUAACAGAGUCCAACACUGUGCUCAGGGAUUUAUCGUAUGACGCUAUACUGUUAUUAGCUUUGCUUAUUCGAGAUUUCGAAAAAUAAUAGCAUGUUGGAUAUUGAAUGUAAUAUAUGUAAAAACUCAUGAAGUUGAAUGAUUGUUAAAAAUUUUGUUGAUGAUGCUGGAUUUCCAAAAAACCAUUAUUUUUUAGUUGAAAAUCAUACAAAAAAGUCCUAUUAUUUUUAUGCUCAUAUUUUAAAAUUGUGCGUUGUUUAUAGAAAAAAACAAUUUCAAAACGUAGAAAUAAAAAUGAUAUGACUUCAAUUUAAUUGAAACUUUCAUCAAUAGAUAUAAAUAUUGAAUCAGUGUACCAUUAACUCAAAAGUUUCAAAUUUUGACAGUUUCGCUCAUGAACUUUGAUUUUUAUGAUAUAUUAACUAUUUAAUUGAUGCGCUGCUAAUAUUAUUUAUUUUGUAAAGUAAUGUU